UCUCGGGAUACUUUAAAGUUUGAUCGAUUUGACAUUGAUAUUUUCCCAUAAUUUCCUCCAAAAAUGGCUAAAAUUGCGGAAAUAUCUAACAGAAACAACGAACAUGGUGGCUCAGUGUUGGAUGAUUUUUUCAAAUCACCCAGAAUGACAAAGGAAUUCAUAAAGAAACACUGCAAAGAGCAUAAACUCUAUCAGACGCCCCAUUUGAACGAUGUCCUGUACCUUCACUUCAAAGGAUUUUCUUAUAUAGAAAACCUAGAAGAGUACACUGGACUGAAAUGUCUUUGGCUGGAAAACAACGGCAUACGAGAAAUAAGUGGAUUGGACAACCAGGCAGGACUUCGGAGUCUAUUUUUGCACUACAACCUUAUCAAGAAGAUCGAAAACCUAGAAAAUUGCCCUAUGUUGGAUACUCUGAACAUCUCCUACAAUCAAGUUAAAAAAAUCGAGAACUUGGCCACCAUAAAGAACCUGCACACCCUGAACAUGUCCAACAAUUACGUCGAAACUCUGGACGACUUUGAGCACCUAGCCGAGCUUCUGGAGCUCUCGGUGCUGGACCUGUCCAAUAACCACAUAGAAGAUCCUCUCAUCGUCGAGGUCUUAAAUCGGAUGCCCAAUCUUAGGGUUCUAAAUCUCAUGGGAAAUCCUGUACUCAGGAGGAUUCCAGCCUAUAGGAAGACGUUGAUUUUGUCAUGUAAGAAUCUUCAAUACCUCGAUGACAGACCUGUUUUUCCAAGAGAUAGGGCUUGCGCGGAAGCUUGGGAACGAGGUGGCGUUCAGGAAGAGGCUGCUGAACGACAAAGAUGGAUAGACAGGGAGAGACAAAGGAUAAUGGACAGCGUCAAUGCACUUGUGAGACUUAGGGACGAGAGGAUCAGGGAGAGGGAACAGAACAACCUGCACAGCGACAGCGGUUUUGGCACGUCCUUCGAAGGGUCGGAGAGCGAGGGGGAUCGUAGUAGAUCAGAGCCAGCACCGGUUAGCGUAGAUUUGGACGACGAAAACGGAACCACCGCAUCUUCAGGCUCGGAAGAAGAAGAAAACCUACCGUUCGCCUAUGAGGACGCUCAGGCUGACGACCAGCAACCUUCGGGAAGUAGCAGUAGCAGCGAAGAGGACCCUGAUCAUCUCAAAGACUACAUGGAGUUUAGGAACAGGGUCGUGGAUUAUCCCGUAGAGUGCAGGACCAACGGCAACGCCAUAGCUACCCAGAACUCCAACGAACUGUUCAGGAGGAUAUCGGAGAAGAUGAACGAAGAGGAUUUCGAACCCAAUCAACCUUGUGAGACAUGCCAGAACCUCUACGAGGAAAAUAUCGAUACCAUCAGCUUCGAUGCGCCUGAGGAUGCCAACAAAGCCGAUAACGAAACACUUUCUGUUAGUGAAGAUGCGGCCAAUCCUCCAACAACGACCGUGGUUCAGACAGAAGAAGAAAACUUGAAAGGAGAAGAUGAAACGUUGGAGGAGAACCCAAAACAGACUCCUGUGGUAAUCGAGGAACUUCCAGAAGAUCGCUAUUUGACUCUGCCACUCUGUAAUCAACCCCCAGUGGACCAAGAGAAGAUUUCUUCGAUUUUCUCCGCGCCAAAGAGGAGUUCGAGGUUCAGUUCCUCUUCUCCAGAUUCAGACGAUGAAGAGCCACUUAUAAAAGAGGUUUCCAGGUCCGUGUUGACCACCAAGAAGGUCUUGAUCGAAGAGAUGGUCACGGAUGAGGAAAACUCCAAAAGUAUCGAAAAGAACGCUUGCUCGUUCAUGGAGAGUAUCAGGAAGAACAUGUACGAUUUGGAAGAUGACAAUGAGGGGAUGAAAGAGGUUGAAAAGACCCAGAGCAAAGAAGAAGUUGAGGCUGUACGCAGACCGCUUAUAGAAGACAUAACUGAGAAGGGCUCUGAGGAAGAGAUGGAAAGUAAAGAGAAGAAAGUUGAAGGAGAGUUGGAUAAUGAAGGGAAGAAAGAGGAACAAGAGAGUGAAGAGAAAAGAGUUGAGGAAACAGAUGGGAGGUGGUGGAAGCUUGAGAUACAGGAGAAGAUCAGAAAGGAAGAAACCAACCAUAGAUUUGACAAUGAAGAUCACCCUGACAAUACUCCAGAAGACAUCAUUGACCACCAUGAAGACUCCGACGAACUGACCAAGAUUCCAGAGGACGACACCAAAGACCAAGGAGAUCUGAAGAACAUCACCAUGGACCACGAUGAACUCGAAGAAGAGAAACGAAACUCGUCAAUCAAUGAAAGAGAUGGGUUAGAGAAAGAGUCAGAUUUGGUCAAUCCAGAAGAACGUUUGGGGAAGAUGUUGAAAGUGAUGGAGGAAGCCAUUGGAGUAGAUUUAGAUGAAGAAGAAGAAGAGGCUUACGCCACUUUGACGUCGCGGAGUCAAGAUGACAACCCCACGUCACAUUUCGAAGGUAUGACUGGCGAAAGGGAGGAGAUUAGGGUGGAGCUUUACGGGAACGAGGAGCGAAGCAUGACCGUGACCGAAUUCUACGGUGAGGAGAAGGCCCAGGAGGACGGGAAGAAACAGGAGUACAGCUGGAAGAGGUUCAACGAUAAACUGGACGAGAUAGCUGCAACCAGGAAGGAAUGGCCGAUAUCCGACGACGAACUGGAGGAGCAGAUGAAGAAAUUCGACAAGGAGUGCGUGGAGAUCGACAGGGAGAACCGGAGGAAGGUGGAGGAAGAACGUAUACAGGGUGUCUCUCGUUACGAUUCGCCGGCGAACGUCAUAGAUUUCGACUGCAAGCAUAUAAGGGAGAACGCGGAGGCCUUCUUCAGGAAUAUGGAUGGUUCGAAGUGCACCGAAGCUACGGUUUCGCUGGACCAGCUGGACAGCGAGGAGGAGACGGAGGUGUACGAGAGGGAGAUGGAGGAUCGGCUGCUGGACGAUACGGACGUGGACGAUCGCAACUACAGGGAGCUGCUGGAGUGGGACAUAAGUCUUCCGCCCCAGAACAGGGUGAUGCUGCUGCCCAUCCAGCGUAAGGUGGAGGAGGAGGAGGAGGAGGAAGAGGAUGAGGAGGAGGAGGUGGAGGAGUGGAAGGAGUUCGAGAUCACGCCGAUCGUGCAGUAUUGCGAUGAGGAGAGUGGGGAAGAAAGGAAGAAGAAGAGUAUUUUUACGGAUGCCAAAAAGGAGGAGGGAUAUUGUAGUCGAAGCUGUUCUACUGAAGGGAAGAAGAAGGAAGGUACGUCAGUAUCCUUCCUGCCAGUUUUCAAGAGACCCGACGACGUGGUCACCAAGUACGUCAACACCGAUCAGCUGGAGAAGGCGGACGGUAGCAGGUUGGACAACACGGUCAUCAUGACCAAUUCCAUAGCGGAAAUAAGGGCCAAGAUGACGGAGUUCAGGAAGUCCCUGGAGGACUUCAACGAGAGGUCCAAGGCGGCUGCCAACGAGAUAUUCAAGAGCUACAACGAUUCGCUGGCCAAACAGAUACAGUUCGAGAAGGAACUGUUCGAAGAGAUCGAGGACGAUGAAAAAAUCGUCGAAGAAGAGGAACAAGAACUGGAGGAGGUUAUGAGUGAACGGCGGAAGGAGCACUUGGCUUAUAUAAAUCAAGACCUGAGGGACCCCGAGGAUGGGCAGAGGAGUUUGGAGCAUAUAAGGGAGAUGUUGAAGAUGAUCGAGGUCAAUGUUGAGGAUUACGAGAGUUCUAAGUUGUUGGAAGAUCGGGAAAUUGUUGAGAAUCGAAUGGAUGUAGGGCAGGAUGGAAACAUUGAAUUGGAAGAGUCGAAAGAAUCCGAUGAAUUGCCGAAUUGUUCAGUCGACGAAGAUGCCGAAGAAGUUGGUGUUGAAGAAGUUGGUGUUGAAGAAGCUGAUGAAAACGACGUACAAGAAACGUUAUCCAAACGUGAUGUAACAUGCAACUUGGAAAUGCAACUAGCCAAAGAAAAUGAGUAGUGUACUUGGAAUUUCACUUGAAUGUUGUAUGUUAAGCUCUUAAAUAAAGUCUAUUAAAUUUGAA